AAUGAUAAAUUGUCAUGUGACUUGAAAUGGAGUAGAUAGGGGGAAACAAGGAAGGAAAAAACAUAAAAGCAUGUCAUAGAAUAAAGAAAUCACCGAAUUGGGGGAAACAAAAAAGUGUAAUGUUGUGUUGUUGAUGUAUAACUACAACAUUCUUUUUUCUUCCUGUUCAAUUUCUCCCUAUCUACAUAUUAAACAUGCUUUGUUGUAGCAGUAUUUCCUAGCUGCUUCCAAUGAGAAUUGCACUCUUUUCAUGGCUUUAUUUCUUGCCCUUAUGCUCAAUCGUUUUUGGUAUCCAUGUUGCUUUGGUGUCCGGGGAAUGUCUGAGUGAUGGGAGCAUAUGCCUGGAGGAUCAGAUGUCCUUGUUGCUGCAACUGAAGAACACCCUCAAAUUCAAUGUUGCUGCAUCAAGUAAACUAGUUUCCUGGAACCCAAGCACGGAUUGCUGUUCUUGGGGAGGUGUGACCUGGGAUGUCACUGGUCAUGUCAUCGCUCUUGAUCUCAGCAGCCAAUCAAUUUAUGGUGGAUUCAAUAACUCCAGUAGCAUUUUCAGUCUACAAUAUCUGCAGAGCUUGAAUUUGGCUAACAACACCUUCAACUCUUCUCAGAUUCCAUCUGGAUUCGGUAAGCUUGGCCAUUUGAAAUACCUGAAUUUGUCUAAUGCUGGGUUUUCUGGGCAGAUUCCAAUUGAGGUCUCAUGUUUGACGAAAUUGGUUACUAUUGAUUUCUCUGUGUUUUACCUUGGAGUUCCUACGCUGAAACUUGAGAACCCAAAUCUGAGAAUGCUGGUUCAGAACCUGACAGAGCUUAAAGAACUCUAUCUUAAUGGUGUAAACAUAUCGGCACAAGGGAAGGAAUGGUGCCAGGCAUUAUCAUCUUCAGUGCCUAAUCUCCAAGUGCUGAGCUUGGCAAGCUGUUAUCUUUAUGGCCCUCUUGAUUCUUCUCUGCAGAAGCUUCGGUCUCUCUCAAGCAUUCGCCUGGACAGUAACAACUUCUCUGCUCCUGUUCUAGAAUUCCUAGCCAAUUUCUCGAAUUUGACUCAAUUGCGGCUCAGUUCUUGUGGAUUAUAUGGAACAUUUCCAGAAAAGAUCUUUCAGGUACCAACCCUUCAGAUUCUUGAUUUGUCAAACAACAAGUUGCUCCUGGGUUCUUUGCCGGAAUUCCCUCAGAAUGGAUCUCUAGGAACUCUGGUGCUCUCGGAUACAAAAUUUUCAGGGAAAGUACCAUACUCCAUAGGCAAUCUCAAGAGGUUGACUAGGAUAGAGCUUGCAGGUUGUGAUUUCAGUGGCCCAAUCCCAAACUCGAUGGCAGACCUUACACAACUGGUUUACUUGGACUUAUCUUAUAACAAGUUUUCCGGUCCAAUCCCACCUUUUAGUUUGUCCAAGAACCUGACCCGAAUAAACCUUUCUCAUAAUUAUUUAACGGGUCCGAUUCCUUCCUCUCACUUGGAUGGUCUUGUAAAUCUAGUGACUCUUGACUUGCGAGACAAUUCACUGAAUGGAAGUCUCCCCAUGCUCCUGUUUUCACUCCCAUCACUGCAGAAGAUACAACUGAGCAACAACCAAUUUUCUGGUCCCUUGAGUAAAUUUUCAGUUGUGCCUUUUUCUGUACUGGAGACCCUUGAUUUGAGUAGCAACAAUCUGGAAGGGCCAAUACCCGUAUCUGUCUUUGAUCUCCAUUGUCUUAACAUCCUUGAUCUUUCUUCCAACAAAUUCAAUGGCACUGUUUUACUAAGCAGCUUUCAGAACCUUGGAAAUCUUACCACUCUUAGUCUGUCAUACAACAACUUGUCCAUCAAUUCAAGUGUUGGUAAUCCCACUUUGCCCCUGCUGUUGAAUCUUACCACAUUAAAAUUGGCGUCUUGCAAGCUCAGAACAUUACCUGAUCUUAGCACCCAGUCAAGAUUCACACAUUUAGACCUUUCCGAUAACCAAAUUCCCGGGAGCAUACCUAAUUGGAUUUGGAAGAAUGGUAAUGGAUCUCUUUUGCAUUUGAAUCUCUCUCAUAAUUUACUGGAGGAUCUGCAGGAAACUUUCUCUAAUUUUACUCCUUAUCUGUCCAUCCUUGACCUACAUUCCAACCAGCUCCAUGGCCAAAUCCCAACUCCUCCCCAAUUUUCCAUCUAUGUGGAUUACUCAGACAACAGUUUCAACUCUUCCAUCCCAGAUGAUAUUGGUAUUUACAUUUCCUUCACUCUUUUCUUCUCGCUUUCGAAGAAUAACAUCACUGGAGUUAUUCCUGAAUCAAUAUGCAAUGCCAGUUACCUGCAAGUUCUUGACUUCUCUGACAAUGCUUUUAGUGGCAAAAUACCCUCAUGUUUAAUUCAGAAUGAGGCUCUUGCAGUGUUGAAUCUGGGGAGGAACAAGUUUAAUGGCACUAUACCAGGGGAAUUCAGGCACAAGUGUCUUUUACAGACACUAGAUCUCAAUGAGAAUCUUUUAGAAGGAAACAUUACAGAAUCUCUAGCCAAUUGCAAAGAGUUAGAGAUUUUAAACCUUGGGAACAACCAAAUUGAUGAUAUCUUUCCUUGCUGGUUGAAGAACAUAACCAAUUUGCGUGUCCUUGUUCUGCGAGGCAACAAAUUCCAUGGGCCCAUUGGGUGUCUCAGGAGCAAUUCCACCUGGGCAAUGCUUCAGAUAGUUGACCUAGCAGACAACAACUUUAGUGGUAAGUUGCCAGAAAAAUGCUUCUCGACCUGGACAGCAAUGAUGGCUGGUGAAAAUGAAGUCCAAUCCAAGCUCAAACACCUGCAAUUUAGGGUUCUACAAUUCAGUCAAUUGUACUAUCAGGAUGCUGUAACAGUUACCAGCAAAGGUCUAGAAAUGGAGUUGGUGAAGGUCCUAACUCUCUACACCUCUAUUGACUUGUCGUGCAACAAUUUUCAAGGGGACAUACCAGAAAUGAUGGGGAACUUCACAUCGCUCUAUGUUCUCAACUUAUCGCAUAAUGGUUUCACAGGCCAUAUCCCAUCGUCAAUAGGGAAUCUGCGACAACUUGAGUCAUUAGACCUCUCGCAAAACAGGCUGAGUGGAGAGAUACCCACACAGCUUGCGAACCUAAAUUUCCUUUCAGUCCUGAACCUCUCAUUCAAUCAAUUGGUGGGAAGGAUCCCACCAGGUAAUCAAAUGCAAACAUUUUCAGAAGCUUCUUAUGAAGGGAAUAAAGAACUAUGUGGGUGGCCUCUGGAUCUAAGUUGCACUGAUCCACCACCAUCUCAAGGCAAGGAAGAAUUUGAUGACAGGCACUCAGGUUCCAGGAUGGAGAUUAAGUGGGAAUACAUAGCUCCUGAAAUUGGAUUUGUGACAGGAUUGGGAAUCGUGAUUUGGCCUCUAGUGUUGUGCAGGAGAUGGAGGAAAUGCUACUACAAACAUGUUGAUAGAAUUCUCUCAAGGAUUCUCCAAGGAAGAGCAAGUGGUGGAAGAAGAGCUCACAGAAUUGGGAGGCGGAGGAAGUAGCCGUGGUGCAGAGGGAUGAAGUGAUUAGUCAAGAGUCCAUUUCCAUUAAUCCAAUCCUAUGUUUCAUUGAAGGAAUAUUAAAAAGGGGUCCAUAUUAUUGGACGGGCCUUCAGUCCGUGUGUCAAAUGUAAUUCUGGCUUGCUUCUUAUAAAUUUAAUCGAAUGCAUAAUUUUAUAUUUGGACAAUGUCAUGGUGAAGUAGAUUUUCAA